AUGAUAGUAAAGACAGGAACAACAAUUGUAGGAAUGAAAUACAAGACUGGGGUCAUACUUGCAGCAGAUACAAGGUCGACGCAACGGCCUGUUGUUUCCGACAGGAACUGUGUGAAGAUCCAUCGAAUUACAGAUAAAAUCAUGUGUUGUGGAGCAGGGACUGCUGCAGAUGCCGAGAGAGUAACAAGGAUGGCAUCCAAGGAGCUCCGACUGUUUGAAAACAAAUACUUCCGCUCUCCACUUGUGUCUCACUUCAAAAAAGUAUGUACGCAUCAUCUGCAUAGGUAUGGAGGAGGGAUAGGUGCAGCAUUGAUAGUUGGGGGGAUAGAUGAUGAAGGGUGCCAUUUGUAUGAUAUUCACCCUCAUGGAUCGUCGAGUCCUGUAUUAUUUACAUCCCUGGGGUCUGGAUCUCUUGCAGCCAUAGCAAUGCUCGAAGGCAAGUACAGACUAAUGGACAAGGGCGAAGCCAUCGAGCUUGCAUGUGAUGCUGUGAAGGCAGGGGUUCUCAACGACCUAUACUCUGGAUCUAACAUCGAUGUUUGUGUGAUUGAUUAUUCUGGAGUUGAGUUUCUUAGGAACUACAAGAGGAUUGGUGUUUCCGAAAGCACGGACACUCUGGUUUACCCACUAGACUCCAUUAGGAUCAAGAAAGAAGAGGUGUUUGACAUUGUGGAAGAAUAUUAA